UAUCCAUAAUGCUUUUCGGCAUCUACGUCAUCAACCUGCGUUGUUCUGAGAGUGGUGAGCUGGCUUAACAGCGGGUGGAUUUUUCAUUUAUAAUUUCCUCCCACAAUCUUCAUCACAAUGACCAAGCUUCUGGAGUGGCUUCUUGGUGUGUCACUGAUUGGUGUGGCAUGGGGACUCGUUACCUUUGACCUCCUUGAUCUGCAGUUUCCUCCCCAGUAUAGAGAGCUGGCGUGGCCCAUGCCUGUAUAUCUGCUGGUGGUGUUUGGGUGUUAUUCACUGGCAACUGUUGGUUACCGUCUGGCCACGUUUAAUGACUGUGAGGAUGCGGCCAAAGAGUUGCAAGUCCAAAUAAAAGAAGCCAAAGUGGAUUUAAAGAAGAAGGGACUGAAGAUGUGAGAAUUACAUCAUAGCUUCAUACACACACACACACACACACUUUGUGAUGUCUGUACUACAAUAUGCGCUCAAAGCUUUUCAAGUUUGUUCAAGUCUUUUUUCAACAUGAUGUAAAUAACCGAUUGAAAUGUAAACACCUGUACACCUGUGAAUGAUCUGUUUCCAGGAUUAUGACAGUCUUAUUUUAAACAUUACAGGCACAUGCAUGUAUUGUCAAUGGAGAACAGUGCUAUUUCUGUCAACUUCUAGUUUGUCUGUAUUUGCAUUGGCCAGAGAUUGAAUACAUCUCUUUUUUGAACCA